AUGCCAACUCGGUCGAGCCAUCUAGUGACAGCUACCCUGACCACAUCAGCGAAGGGGGCGAUCGAGGGGUCUGCAGUCACCAUGCUCAUUGUGGAGGGCAUGGGACGAUUUCAAUUCUGCGUCAUUUUGGUUUUUUUGAUCAUCGUCUUCGUGGCAGGAUCACUGUUCACCCUACCCAGAACGAUUGCCGUAACAUCUAGGGAUUCGCCAGAGAUCAACAAAGACCUGGAAGGUCUCCAUCGUCGGACCGAGACCAGCGAGGCUUUGAUACGCGCCUUGUGGGACCGAGAGGUCAAAUUUCUCAAAGAAGAUGCCGACAAAGCCAUGGCCGAGGCAAAUAACAAUAUCAAGGCACUCGCCAUUCAGAACGGCAGUCUGGUCACUCGCAAUAGCAGUCUGCAAAAUGAACUGCGUGAAGCUCGUCGCCAGGGCGAGGAAGCCCUUGCCACCGCACAAAAGCGCAUAGCGGCAGGUGAAGGAGAGAUUCUUGGUAUGCACCAAGAGCUCGAGGAUGCUAAGGGGCUGCGAGCUCGUGAUCAGACAACGUUACACGGGCGAAAGACAGCUAUUAAAGCUCUUCGUCAGAAACUGAGGGAAGAGGAAAACCAACGAAAAGCGUUAGUGGCAGAUCAUGGGAGGCAGCUGGAGGAAGCCGAGGGAGUUGCACUUAGCUUGCGCGGAGACAUUAAUAAUCUCCAGUCGGAGGUGAAGUCCCUGGAAGAAUUACCGAGGACGUACAAAAAGGAGCUCCAGCACUGGAAAGGAAGGGUCACAAGCCUUCUCCAGGAAAUGGUUACAGAAGGCGCUGAGGAGGAAUCCGAACCAAUAUUCAAGCCACAGGACGCUUGUUCUCCUCGCUCAUCCUCACCCGUCCCUUCAACACCUGCACCUACCUCAGUGAUUGACAGUCCUGCUCCUCUUACAUCAAUUGUCCGUCACGAUUCACCAGCCGAACCUACGGACCCUGCCUGUCCAGACUCACCCAGUCCCUCUCAAUCCUCGAAAAGCCCUCCUCUUCCUGCAAAUUCGCCCGCCGAAGAAGGCCUCCCGCGAGUGACUCAAGGAGGAGAGGAUGGAGCUGGAGAUCAAUUAGGUCAAUCACAAUUCCCGGACCUCUAUCUAAACCCGAGUACUACACCCCUGUCACCGGUUACAAUCGGUGUCUCGGACCAGAAAGCUCCUGAGGAGCCGUGCUUACUGGAUGCUAUCGACAAACCGUCGACAUCUUCACCAGAAGAAGAGAAGCAUACGAGACUUGAUCCGGCAGAAGUGUCGAAACGCAUUGAGGAAACCGUCAAUGAGCCUUGCAGACCUAUCUCGGCUUCGAACGAGACGAGUGCCGAUCCCACAACUAACAUGCUAGGGAUUCCUAAUAUCAGAGAGCUUGUGGGUAACAAGCCUCGAUCAGCAAUAGCGGCAAAUGCAUUAGAUGCCGUGAGGGCCCAGUAUCUGCCGGACGUCAAUCACAGUGUCGCAAAAAGCGCUGGCCCUGGGAACAUGUCUAACGAAGAUCUUUUCAAAGCAAAGGCACCUCCGUCUCCCUCUCGACAUAUAGAGCCCGUCAAGACUCAGGAGAUUGCGCAGAAGGAUGAAAAGAGUCUGCUGACGAGCACAACGCAGGAGACAGCGCCCGUCAACUCCCGUGAGCCGAAUGCCCGCUUUGAACGUCCUGUGCAGGAUAUCAGUGCGCCGACGAACAACCUCCGUCAUCCCGAUCGGCAUGUCCCCACUCACACUGGUCGACCUGCCGCUGACGGAAAGCUGGAAACGUCCACUCUUCCUGAAGUAGAAGAACAUGCGGGGCCAAGCACCAAAGCAUCCGCAAAAUCUGUACCGCCCCAUGCAAGAACCUCAAGGCCAAUAAAGGCUCAAGAAGAGGGAUCGUCAAUGAGCUUUACCGACAAAUUACUGAUGGCGGGGGGUCAUAGACCGAUCGCAAGGGGACAGAGUACGACCGUUACUAGGCCAAAUGAGGUUGGCAACGCAAAGAAUUCGUCGAGUGGUGGACAGCUGCACGGAUCAUCGCUGAAGUCCAAAGUUCCUCAGGGGCAUGAAGACACUCGGCUGAGGUCUGAAGCUUCGCUCAGUUCAGUAACACCCGUCUCCACUCCAGCAGUCGAACUCCAAAGCAACCGUGCCAGACUCGACAAUGUUGAGCAUCCCUCAACUCUACAACCCUCCCCACAUCCGUCAUCAUCUUCCAAGCCUCCCAUCCCUAUCUUCACAUCCACCAGCGCUUCUAAACCGCCGAAUACUGCUCCAAAGCCAGAGCAUGCACUACCUGAGCAUAACUCAGCUCUACGCCCCUCCUCACAUCCGUCAUCAUCUUCCAAGCCUACCUUCCUCACUUCCACCUCCAACAACGCCUCCAUACCGCCGAUUAUUGCCCCAAAGACGGAGCAUGCACCACCUGAGCAUGGUCAGUUCUCCACUGCGGAGCUGUUCCAAGCAAGAGGCCUUGGAACCCCACGUGGCAUCACCAGUAAGGCAACCAGAAAUGCCAGAGGUCGAAAUCCAUAG